AUGGCGGCCUUGCUUAGAACUCUCAUUGUUUUCCCUCUCUUGCUAGUUACCGUGCAUUCACAAUUUUGGCUCCCAAAUCCGUUUAGGGGAUCUAAUGAUGACCAAGAUAAAAAUCCAGGGCUUAAGCUUCCUGGUAUCACAAUCCCUAUAAUUGGAUCCAUUGGUAUUGGUGGUGAAACUGAUAAAGCUGAUCAGGGGGCAAAUCCUCCUUUUGAGACAGACUAUAAAGGGUUGUGGAUGCUGCUUUCCGCGGACUCUGGCGCCAAUGCCAUGCACGUUAAUUUACUUCCUAACAACAAGAUCAUAAUGUUCGAUGCCACAGCAUUUCGCAUGUCAACUCUUAAAUUGCCCAACGGAGAAUGCAUUCCCUACAAGGAUGACAAGAAAAGAGACAAAGAGGAUUGUUGGUCUCACGGUGUGGAAUUUGAUUAUAACACAGGCUAUAAGAGACCACUCAAGAUGGUGUUUGACCCAUGGUGCUCAUCAGGAGGCCUCACUGCCGAUGGUAUCUUGAUUAGCACUGGUGGAUGGAAAGACGGAACAAGAACUGUUAGAUACAUGGAUACAUGUGAGGACUGCGAUUGGAAAGAAUUCCAAUAUACACUGGCAGACGCAAGAUGGUAUGCAACACAAAUAACCCUAGCCGAUGGUGGUUUCUUUUUGGUGGGUGGCCGCAAGUCAUUCAGCUACGAAUACGUUCCACCAGAAGGCAAAUCCAAUGCCGAAUCCAUCAAGUUUCCAUUCCUCUACCAAACCACUGAUAUAGAAGAGAACAACUUGUACCCUUUCGUCCACCUCUCCUCCGAUGGCAACGUCUUCAUCUUCGCAAACAACCGCUCAGUUCUCCUCAACCCUAAGACCAACAAGAUCAUCAAAGAGUUCCCAAUCUUGGAAGGCGGCUCCCGCAACUACCCAGCAUCAGCGAUGUCGGCUCUCCUUCCUAUAAAACUCUACGUCAAGAAUGCCGCGACCAUCGCAGUUGAGGUCAUUAUUUGCGGUGGGGCGAAGCCACAGGCCUAUACUUUAGCCCAAAACUCAAUCUUCAUACCGGCAUUACAAGAUUGCAACAGGCUUCAAAUCACAAAACCUAACGCUCAAUGGAAGAAGGAAACGAUGCCUACACCGCGUGUCAUGGGGGAUAUGCUGAAUCUUCCGAAUGGAGACCUCUUGAUUCUCAACGGCGCCAAGCAAGGUACAUCAGCAUGGUACUCGGCCGAAGACCCGAACUUGAAUCCGAUACUUUAUAGUCCUUAUAAGCCUAUGAACCAAAGGUUUAAGGUGCUUAAUCCCACUAUAAUUCCACGAAUGUAUCAUUCUGCGGUUGCAUUACUUCCUGAUGGGAAAGUUUUAGUAGGAGGUAGUAACCCUAAUCCAGGGUAUAACUUCACGGCCAAGUAUCCUACAGAGAUGAGGAUAGAGAAGUUUUCACCGCCUUAUUUGGACCCAGCAUUAGCUAUACACAGGCCAAUAAUCAUAGAGGAGGCAUCGGAGACCACUCUAACUUACGAAAAAAACUUCAUGGUGCAGUUUAGGCUUGGUGAGUCAUUCGUGGAUAAGAGAGAUGUGAAGGUGAGCAUGUAUGCACCACCAUUUACAACGCACGGGUACUCUAUGAAUCAAAGACUGAUUUUUCUUGGUAAAGUUGAUGUGCGUAAGGUUUUCCCUACUGUUUACCAAGUUAACGUAGUGGCACCGCCUACACGUGAGGUUGCUCCUUCUGGGUACUAUCUGAUCUUUGUGGUUUAUCGUGGGGUUCCAAGUAAGGCAAUGUGGGUGCAAAUCAAGUAG